UGUCUCGAAAAGUUAUACUUUUCAUCAAAUGAACAUUAUGUAAAGUACGUUACAUGACCUCCUACGGCCACAGACUCCAAAAAAAUCUUUAAGCAAAAAUGGCAGCCGUUUAGAUUUGAAGCAUCGGACUUAAUUGCUACAAGACAACUUACAAUAUAAAGAACUACCAAAUUGUGCUUGGCAACAUUUGAAUAUGUAAUUACUUUUGUAGAUAAACGGUUUUUCUGACUAGAGCUCAGUCCCCCAAUUUCAAGUGGUUCCUUCAAUCACACUUUUCCUUUACAAUAGAGACUUUUAGCAUCAGGCAAACCGCAAACCGCAAACCACAGUUACGCGUUUGCAGUUUCGCGUUGCCGAGAUUUCAAACAUUAGCAAGGCGUUCAGUUCAGUUCAGUUCAUUUUUAUUUAGCCAAAAUAUAAUACAAUACAAGAAUACAUAUAGGAAUUGUAAGGUUGCAAGGCAGCCCAGAAGAAACCAGAAGGCUUUAUAAAGCCUGGGCUCCCCAGUCUCAAAGAAAUAAGGAAAAUAAAAUGAAAUUCGCGGAGUGAUACGUUAGAAAUAGGAACUAAACAGAGACUGAGUUAAGUUAUGAAUUCAGUAACAAGAUAGAAAAAAAAAUUAACUCUGGAUUGGAACAGAAUACUUUUCUUUGUUAGUACGGCAGAAAGGAAUAUAAAAUUGAUUUGAACUACGCGUUCAUUGUUUAGGGCCGCCAUGUUGUUUUCAUCAAGUCGAAGUACAUCACUUUAAUUGCCCAAAACUCAGCAAUAAUUCAUUGAUUCGAGAUCAAAAAUCCAACAAACACAUCGCAAACGGAAAUAAAAAGCCAGUUCAUACCUUUAAACGCGAGGCUGUACAAUUUUUUGUGGCAAAAAACCUUCCCGUAUAUCACUUACCGCCGGAAGCCCCUCCUGCGGUUCAAACGGGGUGUCUGUAAAACGCGGACCGGAUACCUGCGGAUGGCGGAUGCGGAUGGGAAAAUGCGGAUAGAAAAAUGCGGAUGGAAAAAAAAUGCGGAUAACUAAAAAGGUAAGAAGAAAAAAAAGAGAAAUGUGGAUGGUAAAAAAAAAAUAACAAUAAAAUAAACAAACAAACAAAGGAAAGAAAUUUUUCUUUCAAGUCGCUAUCACAUGGUUGGACCCUUCACAUACAGAACCUGAUGCCAAUAAUUGACACAGUUAUUUUGUACCCUGUAAUUCCUUUCAUUAAUCCGUUCCUCCUCCUCCUUAAAUGCAGGCAUGCUUGGUACACUUCUCCUUUGAGUGUUUAGCUUAAGGCUUGCAGGCAAGGUAAACAGCUCAAAAAAUCGACUAGCAUAGGUUCGCUUAUUUUGCACUGGCCCCGUUUAAUAUUCUUCCCUUUACCAAAUAAGGUGCCAGUGGUCCCUGCAACCACGGGUCAGAAUGCAGAAUAUUACCAGACCAGCAUCCUAAAGCGAUGUAAUUCACGUAGCAGUCUGUCUUUACUUUCGUGAGUGAUCGCUAUUUUUUAAAACAUUACUUUAUUUGGAAUUUCAUGGUUAUCACGCUAAGAGGGGGAAGCAUGGGUGUUAGUACUUGCAACACAAACGACAAACAAUUUUUAAUAUAAAAUCAUUCUGACCUGGAGUUCUGAUUUCUUUGCUCCCACUGGAUAUUCUCGGGGCAAUCAAAUCAAGACUUUUUUACAAGUUCUACCCUUUGGGAAUUUAUAAAUGCACGAAUAAUGAGUUCGAAUUUUUAAAAUUGCAAAAUAUACUGCAGAUUGAAAAGAAAAAACAGACCUCUUGAUCAAUCGCAAAAGUUAUUUCCCGAAAAUGUUAAAAAAAAAUCAUCUAAUCUGCAAAAUUAAACUCCCGCAAAAAAGUGUCACUGGGAAACGCAUUAAUGAAGGCUACUUUCUCUUUCAUUUGCUUUUGUUUUUAAUUUUUCUGCUAGCAAAAUAGUUUCCAAAACAUAUCCUCAGUGAGUUUUUAGAACGUCGACCUGUAUCGAGCAACUUAAAACUCCGUGGCCUGCUCGGGUCUAUUUGCGAAGCAGCAACCAAACAUACUUUUCUACAUGGAUGUUUAAUUAUUACAAUUCAUAAAAAAACCAAGCUGCUUCUUAAGAAGACUUUAUAAUUUUUUUAGCUAUGUCUACACCAGAUCAGCAUUUUGUAUAUGUUGAUGGAAGCUUUUCGUAAAACUGUGAAAAUGGAACGGAGGCCAGAAAAAUGACUCUGUUGAGGGUGCGGCAUAUUGCUUGAAAAUGAAUUUCUGUAGAAAAACCCUCAUUAAACAAGACCGAUUCACAAAAGCAACCGAGAGGAAAUUGUGUAACAGAAGACCACUAGUGUAACAGUAGCUUAGCUUUCGAUCUCAAAAACGGGCUUCUGCAGGUGUUUGUAGUUCACAAUCACUCUCUGAACUGUCUGCUAUGGCAGAGUCGACCAGAGUCAAGGCAGAGCGAAAGUUGAUUUGUAUUAUGAGCCCUUUUGAAGAUCAGGCUCCUUUGUGAGAAAACAUGGUGAUUUAGUGGCGGCCAGCGUGAAAUAAGCGAAGCAAAGCACGCCGAUUUUUUUCGCGUAGUUCACCCUAUUUUUUGGUUUAGUUUGUUUUCUCUAAUUUUCUUUUAAUUUGAGGAAAUUUAGUCUUUUUUUGUUGUUGUUGUCCGAACAAGGUUAUACACGUGUUUUGUUAAGAAAUGUUUUAGCGACACAAUUUAUAUAUCCAUAUUUGUGUUUUUUUUUUGGUUUUUGUUAUUGUUCACAAUUUUUUCUAUCCUCAUUUUCCCAUCCGCAUCCGCCAUCCGCAGGUAUCCAGUCCUCGUUUUGCAGACACCUUCUUUGCUAUCCGAUUUUUUGAGCUGUUUACCUUGCCUGCAAGCCUUAAGCUAAACACUCAAAGGAGACAUUAAUGAAAGGAAUUACAGGGUACAAAAUAACUCUGUGAAUUAUUGGCAUCACGUUCUGUAUGUAAGUGAAGGGUCCAAACAUGUGACAGCGACUUGAAAGAAAGAUUUCUUUCCUUUGUUUGUUUGUUUAUUUUAUUGUUAUUUUUUUUUUACCAUCCACAUUUCUCUUUUUUUUCUUCUUACUUUUUUUGUUAUCCGCAUUUUUUUUCCGUCCGCAUUUUUCUAUCUGCAUUUUCCCAUCCGCAUCCGCCAUCCGCAGGUAUCCGGUCCGCGUUUUACAGACACCCGUUCAAACGUGAACUACAAACUGCAAACGUGACCGCAAGGCCAUGGUCACGUGACAUUUUGCGGUUUGCGGUUUGUAGUUUCCCAUGAAAAACCUGAUGCUAAACGUCCCUAAUAUGUUAAAUGAUAUACCUGAAGGCCUUAAAUUUAUGCAAAAUUAACCAAAUUGGCCAAAAAAUAAUAAAGUGCUUGUCUGACCAAGUUUCAAGCUGCUACCGCACAAGCUUUGAAAGAAAGACUACCCCCCCCCCCCAAUUUUUCACUGAAUAAGUGGAGACCCAUGCUUUAGUUAACUUGAGUUAUUCUCAUUGUCAUUAUCAUUUUCAGUAUCAUCAUUAUCAUCAUCAUUACUGAAUAAAAUAGUAAUAAUAAUAACAACAAAAACAUUGUCAUUAUUAUUAUUAUUAUUAUUAUUAUUAUAUUUAUUAUUAUUAUUAUUAUUAUCGUUAUCGUUAUUAUUAUUAGGGGUGAUUAACAAAUCUCAUUCCCUUGUUUUCUGUUUUGUUUUUUUGUUAUUUUUUUUUCUCGUUCUACUGAAGAUUGUAGAGCUUGAUGGUUUUCCAGACAAUGUAGGAUUUGAAGAAGAUGAUGACCUUUUACUCAAACACGGAAUUGAAGUGAAAAUUCCCAGCAUUCCUGGUGAGCCUAUGAUUGUAAACGGAGAAAUACACGAACCCUUGGAGAAAACCGAAUUUGACAUAAAUUUUCUUGGAAUUAACGGCAAAGAAGUUAAGAGUAAUGUGAAAGUAGGGAGAAAAAUUUGGUUUGCUCCAUCUACACAAACAUUUUCCAAUCUCAUCUCGGUCACUGUCAGAGAAAACAUGUUUCGUUCAGAUAAUUUAGCAAGACAUUUAUUUGACCUAAAUUUAAGUUAGCGAAUUGAAAUAUUGUCAACUUAUUUUCAGGCUAAGGUUUUAAAAUUCUGUCACACUAGUUUUAGUUCUAUUUUCUCAUAGUAAUUGUGACAAGAGUUUAAGACAGUGAACUUGGACACUGAGCUGUUUUCAGAAAAUGGUUCUUUAAAGACUGUAUCGCAAUGAAACAAACGUGUAAAAAAUGCCUCGCUUUUCUUUAAUUUUUGCCUUUUUAGAAAAAGCCCAGAGUGAACACAUAUUUAAAUAUCAUGAUUAUUUAUGAAUCUGUCGAAGCCUGGUGCGAGCGGCGCGAGUGCAAAAUGGCACUGAGGGGCAAGAGUGAAGAAAAGUUUCAAUUGAAACGGGUUGCAAUCGGGAUUUUUGAAACCUGUUUAGCCCGUUGUUUUUGUCGUUUGAUGUACAGAAUCUACUCGAUUAAACGCCGCAGAUGGAAGAAAAAUUACGGCGUUUGUUCGAGUAUUAUAAGAAAGAAUUCCGUAUAACUCGGUAACCUACUUAAUUAGUAUGUGUAUAAUUUCCCGAGCCUUUAGAAAGGCUCGGGAAAUUAUUAGGAUUUGGACAAAACGCAAGGGAAAUUGUUCCCUAAUUUCACGAGUAUACCAUUUGAUUACCUAUUACUGCGCUUUUCACAAACAUGCGAGCUCUAAAGUUGAAAAAGCUGCCUUCACAAUUGCGUUUUUCGCUGCCGUCAAUCAUAAUAAUAAUAAUAAUAAUAAUUUAUUACUUAUUCGGCGCAAAUAUCUAUAUGAAUAUAUUCAAAUGCGCCUUACAAGUUACAUUAAAAUAAUAAUAAAAUAAUAAAUCUAAUAUAGUAAAACUAUCCAGUCCAUAUCUAAUAGAUAAACUAAAAAUUACACAGAGUCAAAAAUGUAAAAUUCUAAAAAAAAUAACAAGCAUACGCUUUCCUAAGAAGAUGAGUUUUCACUAAGGACUUAAAAACGUCCAUUGUCUUAGCAUUUCUAAUGAUUAAUAAUUACGAUCACAAGCAACGAACCUUGCAACACAGAAACACACAAAACGGAUCGAAAUCCACCAAUCACAAAUCACAAACCUUGACCUUUUGAACCCGUUAAAGUAAAGUUUUGUUUCCUAAGAGAUCCGUUAAGAUGAUUGACGGCAGCGAAAAACGCAAUCGUCAGUUGGCUUUUGAACUUCAAAAUUCGCAUGUUUGUGAAAAGAGCAGUAAUAUCAUGGGUGACGAAUUACGUUAGCAAUCUUGGAUUUUUGACAUGUUUAUCCUGGAUCGUAUCGAUGGCGAACUCUUCUCUCUCAGAUGUUUAGACCUUAAAUUUGGCUUAUAAAGUUCAGAAUUUUUCAGACAUUUUCGGCAAAAUACCUGUUAGAAUCCUCCUUGAUGUUCUCUUGUGUGUUCAGGUUUUCUAAAGCGUCUUUUUGUGCCCUGACGUACGGAAGGGUUGCCAUGGCAAUUUUGUAAUUUCACAUGUGAAAUUAAAAAUUAACGCUGAAAUUUCGUGCCAAAAUUAAGGAGUAAUUCGUCACCUAUGAUAUUAAUACUGUAACAUAUCUAUACACCAUCCAGAAAACUACGAUUCUAUCUCAACUAUUAAAAACCGAGACUUUGGAAUUCAAAAAUCUUUCUGUUUUACAUGAUGCCACAAGUAAAUCACCUUAAUUGUGAUUUUGAAAUAAAACGCUAUCGUAAAUGGAUAAACGUCUUAUCAGAAAUUCUAAAAACUCAUUAAAAGUCACGGCGUUAAAUCGAGUAAAAAAUACUUCUUGCAGCUACACUCUAGAUAAAAUGCUUGGGAUAGCAAUUUGCCUUCUUACUUUUCGUUCACUGCAAGUAGAGGAAAGUAAUUAGUUAAAAGUACUAAAACAAAACAUUUAAGAGACUAUCUAUAGCUAGGUAAGCCUGGUAGGGUUUGUAGAGAAAUUCAUGAAGUUCAGUGUUGGGGCAUUCAUGUAAAAUUAUUAAGGGGCGAAUAAAGAUCUUACAUACAUUUUUUACUUUGUUUGCUUCUGUGUUAAGAACUAGGUGUAAAAAAUAUUUAUAUUCUUAUGUGCGAUAAGGUAAAAAGGGUGAGACUAUCCCCACCGGAUAACAGGCUACCGAAUCAACGCACGGACGUACAAGGGGUGUGGGGGAGGGAGGGAGGUGCCACCCCCCUGAGGUUUUUCUGAAUUUUUCCUAAACGAUAAAACAUCAACACCUGAAGUUUUCUGUAGCUGUUCGUUUAUCCCUUGUGCGCAUUUUGAGACAAGUUUAGUGACGGUUAGUUACUAUGAUUACGACAUAUGACGUCAAAAGCAGGUGGUCAAGCCAUUUUUUAGCGAAAGUGCAUGUUUAUUCAACUUCUUUCAGGAAUAAAAGUAAUGCUUGUUUUUCCCUGAUUUCUAAUUCUUGAAAAAAUGUUAGAUGGCGGCCAAGAUGGCGACCAUGAUUGGUGACGUCACAGACCUCCAGGGAAGGGCGGGGGGGGGGGGUGACUUUGCGUGUACGUCCCAGGGUUAAGAACUCAAGGACGCCGGAUCACCAAUUAAUUUGUUUAACAAAAAGCAGUCUGGCCCAUUUUACACCGUGUGACGUAAGCUUUGAGCGAUCGUUGACUACUUACGGGUCCAGUGACCCGGUCAUUAGCAUCGCGAGAAAGAAACUAAACUCUGAUGGAAAAAAGAUUAAAAUCAAGCGCUUCGUUAGCUGUUGUGAUGAAACUUGAGACUUCAGGAGCAUAGAAGGGAAAGACAAAUUAUCGGCUGAUCCUUUAACUGCAAUUUAGGCGAGGAGUUAAGAUCAUUUUUAUGGGAUUUAUGGAGCUUCGAGCUGGGGUGGUCGGCUUCAGACUCGCUAGCCUUCCCCUAUUACUUAUUGUUAGUACAACUCAACUGAAAGUCUUAAACGUUGAAACGCUUCCAAAUGGCUUUAGAAGCAAAGAGAUACUACAUAACAAAACAAAAACACAAUGUGAGUCAUUUUUAUUUCUAUUUUUGUCAAAAAAUGGGAUUUAGGACUUAUUUUGUUUAUUUUUAUUUCUCUUAUAAAUUCCGGCUAAGUCUAACGAACUCCCACAGAGUCUGCACCGCAUAUGGGCUAAGGAACCCUGGAAGCCUCCAGCAAAUACGAUAUGCAUAUGAAUAAAGAAUUAAGGUGAAAUGUGAAAAAAAUCUCUCUAGGGUAUUACGUCAAAAGGUGCGAACAAAGAAAAAAAAGUUAUUAAAUACUGUCUACAUCUCAUGGUAAUGAGGCUGUCGCGUCUUUAAAGCACAUGUCGGGUCUGCAAGCUUCUGAUAUCUGUUCAGUUUACAUCAAGCUGCACUCGGAAACCCUCCAGUUUCCAUAGCUCUUCAACUGUGAACAGAAGGACUGUUACAUACAUUUGAAUUAAGGUAGGAACUACAUUUCAACAAUAUAUAUGGAUUUGUCUGAGGAUUUCAUCAUUAAAAUAUAGACAUUUAGGCGUCUUCAGAAGGCGUCGGCCGUCCCAUCGUACUGCGUGGAAAAGGAGUCAUAGUAUCGAGGAAAAAAUCACAACGAAUCCGCAACCAGCAAAAACGAUGUAUUCUCCACGAAGAAAAUCAAACAUGAGUUUGAGCUUUGGGGAAAUGCAGAACUGUUCUUGCAACCAGGCAUUUUGUACCUCGCUUAUGCGUAAUUUUGUCACGUACUAGGCUUUCAAUGCAUGAGAUUAUUAAUUAGUCACUAUUGUUCGCACAAUAGCACACGAUCACCAAAAACAGUCCUACUUUUGCCGUGCACGUGAAGAUUUAUUCAUUCUAAAAGGUAGAUAAAAUUGAUUAGUAUAUACACACUCAGUGAUCUUGGUGAUUUAAGCAAUCUGAUUGGUUCGCUAUCUCGGACUAUUCAACAAUAUUCACCUCCUAGCGAGUGGAUAAUGUGUGAGCUCGGUGUUUUUCCCGUUUUUUUUAGAGAACGAUCUUUUAAAAGUCGACAAAAUGCUAGGGCUGACUUUUUGUAAGGCAAGAAAAGACUUGGAAGGAUUCAAUACGGCGUUUUUCAAUUUACUGUAGCAGGAGUUUUGUGCUCGAUGGAUUGUUUACAACUCCCGUGUAUUCGCGUAGAAGAAGCCGUUUCGUGAACUCAGCGUUUUCUAAGAAGAAAAUUUUGGCUCAAAAAUCGAAGUUUAUUUAUGACAAACAAAUUUAAGAGGAAAUGUUUGCAGAAAUUCUACAUUUCAAGUAAACAGGAAAAAGAAUGAUACAGGAAGACCACCUCUUACCUCGAGCAACCGAGCCGCCAUUUUUGUCAGCACUUCAUGCGAAGAACGACACAACAUGCCCUUUUGGCUAUAAACUUGGCGAGUCAACAGAAAACAACACAGCUCUACUUUUUUUCUCAGGUAAGGAAACAGUUCAAACUUUUAGCGAUUCUAUUGAAGCCAUUACGCUGUUGUUUGCGAAAUCAGUAAACUUGUGAAUUGCCAUGUUUGAAAAUUCUGCAAAGAUCUAUUUUUAAACUUACGCGUGAUUUGAUCUGUCAAUCAAAUCCUACUUUUGAAUGGUUUCCUUUCUGAUUUUGUUGAGAUCACUUCGUGUGUAUAUACUAAAACAAUUAUUCUUCUCAAUCUCGGUGAAUAGUGGCUUUGGGAAUAUUUACCUCGCCGCUUUCGCGGCUCGGUAAAUAUUUUGCCACUAUUCACCUCGAUUUCAAAGAAUAAUUGUUAACUAUAACGCUACCUAGAUUGUUCCAUGUUUUCCAAUAUCUGACCUCAAUGUUGUAACAAGCUUAUACUUAUUCAUUUAUUUUAUAGUCGGAGAGUACGCACUGCAGGCGGAUUCUGACUGUCUGUCUUCUAUGACAAUAAGAUCAACUUUUUGAUCGAUUUUGAGCCUUAAUAUUUACUCUUCUUUACCGACUUUUUUAUUUUUUGUAAUCAAGUCGUCGCAGUCCGAAUGCCUUCACAUCUCAUGGUUUUACUUUUACAAGCAUAAAGAAAGUUAGGCCCAGUCUACACGUCGCGCGACCGUCGAAUUUAAUUCAGACGAAUUUAAUUGAAAGCCUAUCCCAUGCAAUUAAAUUCCAAGAUUCUGCGACGUAUUUGUCCAAUACGUUUAAUCACCUGUCUUCGCCAGACGGACAAAUUGUCUGUAGAGUCUCAUUUUAGACGUCACUCAAACGACACAUCAACUUGAAUGGAUACAUUAUGUUUAUGUGUAAUAAUUUAUUAUAACGUGGGAAAAUUGAGAGAGGAGGCUGUCGUGGCGCCAGUUUUCUUUACUGCCCAUAGGCGCAAGCUCGACGGGCUCUCGCUUCCAGAGCACUUAGAUUCUUUCGGUCACCUGGUAAUAGAAAUAUAGGCGAGCGGCUCUGGGGACAAAAAUGAGUUUUUUUUUUCUUUUACUGUCAUUUUUUAUAUUUUCCUGCGUGAGGUCCAAAAAAGAUGGCUCUCUGGGGCAAAAUUUUGCCUUCGAGCUGAAACCGCACAGGGAGCUCUGUGAUUAUUCUUUUUUUGAGUCAACUCGAAUCCGCGUGAAAAUAAAGUUAAGGUGAUUCCCUGCUUAUCCACCGGGCAUCACUUACUGCACAUAACAUUGCGUUAAUGAAGGGCAUUUUGAUGUUCACCAAUCGCUUGAAGAGAGGUAACAAAGCCCCUUUUGUAGUUAAAAGGGGUUUCAACAGAGAUCAUGAUAACUCUUCCCGGCUAAAACGUCGUCGGUCUUGCAACUUCCCAAGUCUCUUCGCGAAGAAUGAUCAUCUGAAGCCGAAAUUUUCCCUUUGCUGUCUUUUUGUGAUGAAACAAGAACGGAAAACCCCCAUUUUUCUCGGCGUUUUUCGUCUAAUUUGCACAGCCCUUUACGUCGAAUUGUGGACGAAUUUAAUUCAAUAAAAUCCGUCUGACUCAAAUUUGACGUAGGUACUAGCGCCUAACGCCUUGCCUUGAAUUUAACAAUAUAAAUAUAUUAAGUUAUACACUCUUUAACAGAACUGAUUAGAUUCAGACAUGCUUCAAAGCCGAAAAAGACCCCUUCAGCAAGUUGCUGGAGCGGGUGGAAAGAGGAGGCGUAUGGCCAACCGAGCACCUAAUAUGUACUUCCAUCAGAACAACAUGUUUGCAGCAAGAGAUCUUUCUCACGGACGGCAUAAACCGUGGUCAGCUCUUGGAGCUUGGUUCAUGGGACCCAAGGCAGAGAAUGGAGAUUUGUUCCAAGAUCUUGUGACUAAAACAAUCGAUUCACAUAUCAAGUUUCGCCGACACAUGUGAGUACGGUAUCCUGUAGAGAGUCAGUUGAUUAUGCAACUGAGUUAAGGAUAUUAAGUCAGGAAAGCGAAAAUUAGGAAUUCAAAACUACAAGAGAAUUCCAUGUUGCCUGCUUAAUUUCACCAAAGUUAGAUUAGAAGAGUGGGAUGGUUAUGAAGCCGGUGAGACUCCUGUGUUUCAUUUCUGUGGACUUGGCGGUGCACAAUGUUCAAUAGUAUUCCUAUCAUUCAAAUCUUAUUAACGAAUAAAAUUAACGUCGCAUUCAUUUAUUCAGUAUCAUAAUUUGUAAACAGAAAACAAAGGAUUAUGUGCCGUCAGGGACUGCUUCCAACAUAAACUGCAAUACCGUUGUUUCAAUUGCUGGUUUUCAGUGUCACGCCGUUCAAAAUAGAUCGAAAUAAAAAUCAAAGCCAUUCGAUAGAUAAAGUCCAGAAUCUGGGAAAUGAAUGGAGGUAAAUAUACAAAGACCCUCGCCAAGAUUUGGGUUGAAGGAAUAAUUGGUAUACGAGAUUUCCGAGGAAAUGUUUUACCCAAAUUUAUAGAGCUUUGUAUGGGGACGCCAUGCUGGAGCUCAUCCAGAUGAGCUCCAACAUGACGGACGGAAACCAACAGAAACAUCCUUUACCGAGUUUUGCUACAAAAGCGUGAAUUUACUCCUAGAGGAGCUCAUAAACAUUAAAGUAAUACUUUUUCUAACGGCUUGAACUGUUUAGAUAGCAAAAUUCCUCGAAAAAAAGUCACUUUUUUAACCUACAUAACAGCUCUCUCGGCCGUCAUGUAAAUGCUGCGUCAUGCGAAGGUUUAGAAAUUCAAGCGUACUGUAUUACAAAACCAAGAAACCUUUUGAAGCGAAAAUUGUUUGAGAAUUAAAUUAGUUUUCAGCUGUUCUAAUACACCGUGAAAGUAAAAUCUCAGUAGGAUGGAUAGUUUUGUAGUUUGAAUUUUAGUGACGUCAUGUGAAAACCAACAAUAUCUGGUGUUUGCCGCCUUUGAUAACUAGACAUGUCACAUGCACAAAUUAGAUAAACCUAACUCCUCAUUAUCUCUAAUGUGGCGGGAGGGUCGUGCUGAUUUACAAUACAAUAGAUCAGUCUAUUAAACAAUCAAUAGUUUUCGCAAAUUUUGCAUUAAUAGGAGUUAUAGCCAAAUUCGUUGUAUCGCGCAGCCCGUUUUGCAAACUUCGAAGGAAUUUUGGGUUUUUCUGUGCCUUCAGUCUUCUAAGUGGACCUCUUAGGAAACACAUGUUUACUUGUGAUUGGUGCAUUUCGAUCCACUUUGUUUGUUUCUGCGUUAGGUUCGCCGCUUGUGAUCGCCCUGUUUCGUAUUGUUUCGGGCAAUAAUCGACUAGUUUUCUUCGAAGCUUUUUAUGAUGUUUCUUAUCCUUGUCUCUUGCAAGAAUAAAGCAAUAUCUGCUUCCUGCCCUCAACAAAAAUUCCACUCAUGAUCGCGAUUUCUUUUGCUAUUCUUGAGCAGUUUAGGGUCAUUCUCAAUUUUAUUUUGCGGGCCAAGCUGGGCGAGUGCGUUGCAUUGUGAUUUGCAUUAACUCCACCCCCACUCACAUGAUUGACGGAGCAGAAAAACCAGCUCAAAGUUUUCAAACACACAGCGUGAUACAGCGAAUUUGGCUAUAAGUUAUCGCCAAAUUCGUUGUAUCACGCUGCGCGUUUUGCAAACUUCGAAAUAAUUUUGGGUUUUUCUGUUCCGUCAAUCAUCUUAACGGACCUCUUAGGAAACACAUGUUUACUUGUGAUUGGUGCAUUUAGAUCCACUCUGAUUGUUUCUGUGUUUCAAGAUUCGUUGCUUGUGAUCGCCCUGUUUCGGGCAAUAAUCGAAUAGUUUCCUUCGAAGAUUUUUCUAAUGUUUCUUAUUAUUGUCUCUCGCAAGAAUAAAGCAAUGUCUGCCUCCUGCUCUGGACAAAAAUUCCACUCAUCAUGGCGAUUUCCUUCGCUAUUCUUUAGCAGUCUUGAGUCAUUCUUUUUUGUUUUUGCUGACCAAACUGGGCGAGUGCGUUGCAUUGUGAUUUGCAUUAACUCCGCCCUCACUCAAAUGAUUGACGAGACAGAAAAACCCAUUUGAGGUUUGCAAACGAGCAGCGAGAUACAACGAGUUUGGCUGUAAUUCCCAGCGGUGAGAAAGUCGUCCUUUCGAGCAGACAUGCCGGUUGUGGCAAUUCUCAUGCUAAAAAGCAAUAAACUAAUUUUUACGUGACCUUGUUGGAUAUUUAAUAGUCUUAUCACACGCUAAGAGAUGAAAUUAACUUAAACAUACUUUUUUCUUACGAUGCACCUGCCAGUUUUAUACAGUUUCCCACAGCCUUCUGUCCACAGGCAUCCGCUUCGUUGGGAUGGGUCAUAUCGGACGUCAUACCCGUUUUAAAAAUAUUUAAUCGACUUCGACAAACUUUUCUUGUUCUUUGUCAUCUUUUAGCUAUUUUCCCUGUGAUCCCCCCUAUGUGACUGAUGAUCUUCGCGAGGCAGAAGCCUAUCAAGCUUCCAAGGAUAAACUGCAGACAGAAUUGGAGUUAUUACAAAGGCAAAUGCAGAAUUCCGUCCCAUUUUACAGCACGAGAUACAAGGUAAUAGCGUUUAUCAGGAGUCUUCAGCAUUGUUGAAGUACUUCCUCAGUCGAGUCAAUACCAAAUGCCCGAAUGUGAUUGGUUCUCAACAGCCCUUAUAAUUAUUUUACAUGUUAAAUUUGGGUGAUACAAGUGAUACUUUUCGAUUAGAAGCUUACUUCUUGAAAUCGCACAAUUACAUUAGUUAAACAUCUAAUGGACAUUAAGUAGUAAAUUGGAUAGCCGAAGUAGUUAGCCAAUUAUAUUUACUACUAAAUACUUAAUCUAUUCUAGACAAUCAAACUCCAGGACCAAAAUGACCUAGCACUCAUGCCCUGUUGCCCAGCUUUAGCUAGAAAAAGGAUAAUGAAUGAAUUAGAUUGAUAAGUUCGAAGGCUCUCUCCUUUAUAUUUUGCAAACUGCAAAACACUAUUGAUAUCAAAGCAAGAAACACCAACAUCAACUACAAUAAAAUUACGAUAUAUUGCCUAACUUUACAAUACAACAAUUUAGCUGUAAAUAGGUGAAGAUCACUUUCUCCUGACAUUUAGUUGCUAUUAUUACUGGUAAUUAAUUGGUAAUUUUAAGACUUGAAAUGUUUAAUCUACGCGUGGUAAGCCUUGAUCGCUAAAUUGGGAGAACUUGAUAUUUUCAAGCACUUUUGCCCUUAAAAAGUUUUCCUUUGUUCGUGCAAAAGCGGUCAAAUUUCGACUUUUUUUGGCUCUACCCCAAAGAAGGAUGUAAAGUUACAGAAAAUUAUACGGUCACCGGACAACUUCCCAAAAUUUCAAUUGCCUUAUAUUUUCUGCAAAGUUGACCUGUAUAUAGCAGUCACGCUGUAUAUACCGCUCACCUUGCCAUUUCCCAAGGGUGACCUUUGUACACAUCAGGUUUGAUUGCACUUGUGUUAACUUAUUUUAACGCCUAAUCACCUACGUGUGUCUUAUUCAUUUCACAAAUAGGGACAUGUCAACUGGGAUAUCGCGAUGCCUGCCAACCUUGGCUACAUCUGCGCUCUGCUUUACAAUCAGAACAACUGCGCUGCGGAGGCAUCAACCGUCACGACUUCAUUUGAGCUGGAAGUUGGGAACGACCUUUGCGUAAUGAUGGGAUACGAAAAAGAUAAAAGCAUGGGACAUUUGGUUACUGGAGGAACCAUUGCAAAUAUUGAAGCAAUUUGGGCAGCACGAAAUGUCAAAUUUUUCCCUCUGGCACUGCAGAGAGCCUUUAAGAAGGAGGAGAAGUUAGCUGCUGCCAAGGAUUAUAAGGUACAUUGAAUGUGCUUAUUUCUCAGCAGUAGUAGAAGAAAUAAGUGAGUAAGUCUUGCUGGUAAUGAAUCAGUUCAUGUAUGCAGUGAAAUAUAAUAAUGUUUACCUGAAACUGAACGUUUAACAACCGUUCGCAAGUUGCUAUAGUUGAACUUCUGGCUGCAAACAGACCCGCAUGCAUGUAAACAAAGAUUGGCAGAGAUUUAUUGCCAAUAAAGUGUGUUUGGCUAUUGACAUUGUUGACGGUCGGAAUAGUAUAACAUAACAAAUAUCUCGGGAGAAUGCUUUAUUAGUAGUAGUAGUGGGAACUCUUGGAAGUGUGAAAAAGAUUUUAGCGGGAUUUGGACAUUUAGCUGAGACAAAGACGCAUUUGUUUCUUGGCACAAGGAAACUGCAAACUUAAGACUAAAUUACAUAGCCUGCCUUCUUAUAUAUAGUGAACAGCAACAGAUACCCUCAGAACGUACGUAAAAGAGCUCUUACAAUAAAAUUGAUGAUGAUAUGAUGAUAUUAUGAUGAUGAUGAGAUAAUGAUGAUGAUGAUGAGGAGGAGAAUGAUGAUGAUGACGGGUAAUGGUGAUGACAAUGACAAUGAAAAUGACGAUGAUUAAUUUCUAUAUUUGCUUUCCAUCUUUAAGGUUUUCUUCCCCAAAAGAGGUAAGAUGGGAGAACUAACUAGUGGCUCUGAAUGGGAACUACUCAAUCUCGACACUUCUUCCAUUCUCAGUAUGCCUGAUGAUAUUGAGAAGCAAACUGGAUUGGAACACGGAGAAUUCAUGGAUGUUAUGUCAGACUACCUUUACGAAUCCAUUGGAGCGCCAGAAUUUGCUCGACGACAUCCUCUAAUUGAGAAAACCUGUGUUGUGGUGCCUAGCACAGCGCAUAUUUCCUUCACCAAGGCCGUAACUGUACUAGGGCUGGGAAAAAAUAACCUUGUCAAAGUUGCUGUUGAUGAUGAUUCACGAAUGAAUUCCGGUGGUAAGUCAAAAUGGAAAGACUCGAUGUAUAGGUUUUUCUAUCACAAACUACCUGUUCAUGUCAUUCUUGUAAAGACCUGUUUGUAAAAACCUAAAGCUUAUGACAGUUAUCAAGCAAGUGAUUAGAUUAACUUCAAACCAACAUUACAAAUAGAGAUCCCAGCGACUUCUUCUGGAAAAUAAGUCAUCAAGGAGAGAAUGGAUUAAAAGAUAUGAAAGCCUCAAAGAUCGUUACAUAUUUUAACUCAUCUUAAAGUUUUGAGUGUUAUUAUUUGGUGAAGUUUUCAGUGAACCAUUUUUAGAUAAACAAAGAAAGUCUGCAGUUAUACUUCCUCCAGCUGCAGUGACUAUUUCCAGAAUCUUCAGAAGAAUGUUUAAAAAUGUUCAAAAAAUAGUUCAGCUAUAAUUUCAUUAUUUUCUCAGAUUUAAAUAAGUUGAUAAUACCUCCAUAUUCACAAAACAUGUUGUAUACAUGUUAUUCUAAUUCUUGUUAUAUAUAAAUGCUUUUCUGUUGUUAUAAGUGCUGAAAGACAUCCUUGACAAACACCUGGAAGAUAAAAUUCCUAUUGUCGCUGUUGUGGCUGUGAUGGGCACCACUGAAGAGAGUUCAAUUGAUCCACUUUCUGAAAUUCUUCAGUUGCGAAAAAGCUACAGCAACAAGGUAAAUCAGUUGUUUAAAUCAGUAUAAUACUAUUGAACAGGGACAGGCUAUAAUCAAUUGUUGUUCCUUCUAUUAUCCAACGCCUUGACCUUUUAUCAGUUGGAUAUUACCUUAGCUAAAACUUCGAAAUCAAUUCUUAAUUACCCACAUCAAAUUUUUUCUUUAUUUCAUAAUGAAAAAAGCUGCCCCUUGAGUACUAUUAGGAAUAUCUAGCGCAGGUGGAUGACCAAACGUCUCUUUUUGUUGCUGUGGCCUUGCUGAUAUUUUAUAUAUUUUGGCAUCUCUUUUUUCCCACUUUCCCCCCAGGGAACCCAGUCUGAACUCAUCCUUGAUAGCCUUAAGGUAAUCCCGACUGGCUAACGUUUUCUCGCACUAUAAUGCUACACUUCUUUCAAACGUAGGGUCUUGACUUCGCUAUCCACGCCGACGGAGCCUGGGGAGGAUAUUUCUGCAGUAUGUUGAGGGACCAGCCGCAAAGUCAUUACUUAAAACCACCUGAAGACUCAGGAUUUAUUCCCAGAAUAUUCCUCAGCAAUUACGUAAACGAACAGCUUUCAGCUGUUAACCAGUGUGACACCAUCACCAUUGAUCCUCAUAAGUCAGGCUUUUGUCCAUAUCCAGCGGGAGCUUUGUGCUACAAAGACAAGCGGAUGAACACCUUCCUUCAAAUAACCACAAAUGUGGUGUACUACCAUGGUGAUAUGACUCUGGGAGAUAUCGGCCUCGAGGGAUCCAAACCCGGAGCCGCUGCAGCAGCAGUGAGACUCGCGAACAGGGUAUUUAAAUUGAAUUAUUACAUUAGAGUUGAUAUAGGCCAUUAUACUACUACAUGAAAAGCCAGACUAAAAACUUUGUUUUUAAAGAAGCCUAUGCUUUAUAAAUUUACGACUCAUGAAUGAAUUAUCAAUUAACGUUUUCAGAUAAUUUCAAUUACUUAGCUUCAAUACAUUUUUAAUCGAAUCUUAUGAUUGCCCUUUUAAUUGUAUAUAUAGAGAGAUUUAUACUAAAUUUUUAGGCUUGUUUUUUUUUCCUUUUUAGGAAAUUUUACGUAUAAUUUUAUACAAUAUCUUAAUUUUCUAUUUGCUUGUUUGCUGUUUUUUCUUUUUUGUUGUUGUUGUUAGUGCGCAUUAGAUCAUAUAUUCAAAUGCUAUUUUGCACCUUAUAAAUGAUAAUUAUUAUUAUUUUAUUUACUGUACUCGAGAUAGACCUUUUAAAAGUCAUCUAUUUUUUUCCUGGUUAGUUAUGCCAUUUCAAAGGACUUUUCAUACCUGUUUGGCGCGAAAUUCACUGGUGGGAAAUUCCACGGGUAAUGUCAUGAUAAAUGAACAAUAAGAGUGUGAGUGAUAUUUGACGCCACUCCCGACUUAGCAUAUGUCAAACUUUUUUUCCUGAGUGAAUUUAUAAUAUGAUUCAAACCCAUUCAGGAAAAACGUCUUCGCCGCUCUGGCGCUCGGUGGCUGUGCGACUUCAUUGAAGCUCGCUUCGGGCUCGCUCGGAAGAACUUAUGAGAGGUUGACUUUUAGCGAGUCUAGACUCGAGAAUCAAAAGAUCGAGAGAUAAAAAGCAUUGGCGUUGAAUUCAUCGUCAUUUUGUCACCCAAAAAAGUGAAUAGACAUCAGGCAUUUAGUACUUCUUGAUCUGCAAGAAAAGGAUUGUACUUCGUUCACUUCGAAUCAGCGUGCCCUGUCUUUCGUGAAUUACUGCAUGCUGAUUUUUAGAUGGGAGUGAAUUUCCCCAUCGUCAUUCUCUUUCGUUCCUUUGAAAAAAGGUUAUUGGUCUCAACAAAAACGGCUAUGGUCGAAUCCUGUCUGAAUGCAACUAUACUGCCAAACUGUUGUACUGCCUUUGGGUGACACUUGCUGAAGAAGAUGACAACUUUAUAAUUGAAACUACUAAGCCACUCCCCGAAAAAUGGACGAACCUGUCACAAGAACAGCAAAAACGAUUGAUCAAAGACAGGAUCAUUGGAAAAAGCAAUGAAGAACUUGCUAAGGUAAACGAAACGCAUGAAAAAUUUCUUCGUUUGUGAAACGACUAAAUUUAUGUUAAUCCAUGGAGGAGUAGGCAAACCCCUCCCCCCCCCCUUUUUUUCUCUGUUUGCUGUGGUAAAUUUUGGUGAUAUUUUAGGUUUAGAAGUAAUAUAUCAAACAUGAGAUGCAGUGUUUCAUCACCAGAUGAAACACCGAGAAGAGAGUUGAAAAUACGACGCGCAGCGGAGUAUUUUUGACGAACUUCGAGGUGUUUCAUCUGGUGAUGAAACACUGUGUCGAAUGUUUGAUAUUUCUUCUCAAACAAAAUCAUUUUUGAAGGAGAAAUUAAGGAUGCAAAUACUAAGCAGUGUUUCAUCCGAUUUCCAAACACUCAUUAAACAUUAAUUUCCUUUGUAUUUUCUUAAUGAAUUAUUAAUGAGUUUGAGAAUUGACAUUCAGUAAUGUGCACAAAUAAGUCAUACUUUCAUGAGUUAUGAUGCUUAUGGAGAACGAUAACAAUAAUAAGUUUAGAAUCUAUAGUCCCAAUCUCAGUUACUGAGCUGAGCUUCAAAGACCAAGUGUUCCCCCUAGGCUAACAGCAUUAGUAAAAACAAUUAUAUCACUUAUUUUACUAAAAAAAUAAUUAAAAAUCACCUUUUUUUCUAAUAUCCUCCCCCGAAAAGUCAACUUAAUUCAGUCAAAACUAAUUUUUAAAAAUGUUCGUACUUAGGCAACCUUUCUUUUUUCAAAUGUUUAAUGCUAUUUUCCAAUUAUAUCAGGAUGAAGAAGCUAUGGAGUACUUGAAGGAGAUAGGUCCUGAUACACUAGUUCCGUGCUUCACUGUCAACUUAAAGGAUAACAAGAGUGUCGAUGUCUGUAACGCAAUCAAUAUGGCCAUAUUUCAAAAGCUGAGUCAUUCCUCCGGUGAAAGAACUGCUCAUCGAGUCCCAAUGGUUGUUACUGCCUCAAGCAUGCUCCACCACAAACACAGCUCCGCAUUGAAGAGCUUCAAAAAGAGAUUGGGGGUAAGUGGUGCAACGAUCGUUUCUUUACGACAAAGAAAAAACUUCCUCCGUGGUACUGUCUCCCCGUGUGAGGCUCAUCACUGAACACAAGCAUUUAUUAAUACCAAUAGAUAUGUUUUUGGCAAAUUCACAUGAGCAAUUGCCCUAUCGCAAGUUGUUUAUCAAUGGUCCUGCCAAUGAUCUGCAACACAUAGUCUUUUUACGGAAGAACUUUUUUUGUUCUUAACUGCUGUUUUUAAGAAUAAAAAAGGGUAGCGCGUAUUGACAAAGGAACUAUCACUAAUUCAGUUUGGCUUAUGAGUCAUGAGUCAUCCAUUAAUAUCGGCGUGUCAAGGAGGUAUAUAAUGUUUUAUAUGAAAUUAAACAUUUUCUGCUCUUCCUCCUGUCUUAUACGUUUCAAUUACCAAAAAGGAGUAAAACUAUUUAUUUUGUCCAAUAAGAGCCUCGCUUUCUUGCCACUAAUGACAAAAUAUCUCGUAGCCAUAGCGAAACCGAUUGCCACCCAACUUCUCAGAAUGUGUCUGAGGAAUAAUAACACUAGAAAUAUUUUGAGGCGAAGAUCUUGAAUCUGAUUUUCUAAUAUAAAUCUGGAUUGUGGGUAUCUCUCUCUUUUAUUUUUAAUUUUUAAGUGUUUUUAAAAAAACAUUUUGAUUUUACUUUAUGUCUUCAAGCUCGAUCAUAAAGAUGACAAUCCAGUUAAGUUUAUCAUCACCACGUGCAUGGAUCCAUGGGCCUCGUCCAUGGAAUUCUUUGACGAUCUUGCUGCUAUCAUGAGGAAUACCAUUCUUUGCGCCAUUGGAACGGUAAUGUCCUCUUAGCAUAAUCAAUAUUCAUUGCAUAUUUAGCGCUUACAAUUGAUAGAAAGCUAUUCAUCCAAGCUUUUUCAUUUACGAAGCUUUACUAAUGCUUACCGAAAUUUUUAUGUAAAAUAACCAACGCUCUUUUCUCCCUCUGCGACGGGUGAUACCGUUGUGUGACCGUCCAAGUGCCCGUCUUAAGAAGAGUGUCUGCUUUGUCGAAAGUCAAACGAUAUGACUGACCAACUCUAAGUGUUCUUGUUCGAAAGAGGUUUCCAGGUGGCUCAGAAAUCAAAAUUGCCAUCAUGGUAAAAUUUUAACCUUUUUGGUAUAUGAUGAUUACUUUCCCCAACUUGCUUUUUCUUACAUCUUUGCUUUCCUCAUCGUUAUUGUCAUCUCAGAGCUUUAUCGGAAAACAGUUUUCUUGCCCCAGUUUUUGCUUGUGGAAUCCGGGAUCCUGGGGAUUUGGAAUCCGUAAUUCAGGUCAAGGAAUCCGGAAUCCCGCUAACGAUCGGGAUCCAGAAUUUAAGUUUCAUAAGCAAGGAAUCUGAAAUCCCGUUCCUGGAAUCCGAAGUCCAGAGCGUUUAAUCCAGAAUCCUAAACUGUCUUGAAUUACCUCACUGAUCAUCACAAUGGGGCGAAUUUUCUAAUCGCAUUCAUUUGGGGAGAUACCUUACUGUCUUGCGCCAGACAUCCAGGUUAAGCUGAGAUAUGUCUUACAUGUACCUCCAUCCCUCACAAUCAAGUAAGAUUCAGGAGCCUGCAGUAUCGAGGAAUGCAAAGUUCGGUUGGGACAGAUCUUUACACAAGUGGCAAUUCAGAGGAAGGGCCGCGGGUUGGCGAAACGUCUGAAAAUAUGUCCACUUGUCUGGAUAAUUUUUUGCAAUUGCUACAUGAUUUAAACUGCAUCCAAUAAGAAGCUGCAAAAAACAGUGCUACUGAAAAGUUACAUGCAACUCUCAUCUGGUUUGCAUUUUGCUUUUUAACCACGGAAUCUACUUAACCGAUGAUAACCUACAGGGUAUAUGUUUUUGGCUAAGUAUUAAUAUAUCAGAAAAAUGUUUCAAUAUUACUGCACGCUCAAUGACGAUAACGCUCACUUAACUGAGUUUGCCUACUGAUGGGUAAAACUUUUCACCUGAGUUGCCCAAAUUUUGGACCCCUUAAUAUUGCCCAAAAUCUCAGGAUUUGCUGAUUUUUGUAAAUUUUAAUUUUUGUUUAUUUGCAUCUUGUUGCACCCACGCGAUAUGCGCGAUUUCUUGUUUGCAUUUGGACAUUUGAAAAAAAUUUGGUCUUGCAGGUGAAAGAUCCAAAGUCUCAUCAUGACUUUAUUAGUACCGGAGUCGUCGACGAUGACAAUAGGGUAAUCGUCUACUACGCAGGCAACUUCAGCAACGUCUCCAAGCAGUAUGGGACUGUCGCUACGCUGAAAUUCAAUUUUGAGGAGCAAGCCAAGGAAUAUAAAGAGAAACAAGAUGCUCUGUUUAAGAAGAGUACUGAGCCAAAACCAAUUGUAUUUAGAAGCAAAGCUAACACCACGCUCCAUGAUGUGUUGUUUGGUGAAUCCGAAUACGGGGAUGAUUCAGAGAAGUUCGAUUGCUACGUAGGGCUGCCCACUGACCAAAGCAAGCCUUUCAUGUCGGCUAACAUGAAGGUGUUCGAUGUGCCCCAGUUUGAGCACUUUGAUGACGAGGAAUAUCCUGAGUUUGGCUCUUUCUUCAUGUAUGGCAAUGAGAAAAGUGCGUUUCUGUUUCACAUACCCACAAAGAAGCCAGACUUUCUCCAGGUACUCAAUUCUGAUCCAGUAAAAGAAUUUUAACAGUAAAAUGUUCAAUCACAUAGCUGCUACGUACGAUAUAUUAAAGUGUUAUUGUCAUAACCCACUCUAGAACCUGCAUAUACUCAGCUGUAAUAAAGAGAAUAGUGUGAAUUAUUACAUGGUGGGUAAAAGUUAGCAGUUAGCCUAAUUCGCCAACAACAAGCCUUUAGUUACAAACAAGAGAGAAUAAUCUAGGUUAUAAUUGUAAGGAAUAGUAGAUUAUCCUCUCAUAACAGGGGUCUAUUUUGCAUGAGCAUGCGCGACCGCUGAACAAGCGACGUGCAUGGAGGCUCAUAACAGGGUCUGCCUUCAUCAAAAUGGCACGUCUCAAAGCUAUCAUCGCGAUUAGUUUGCUCGUUGGUCUUGGCGAAUGUGCUCGUGAUUUGACAAAAUGUGUAGUUUGCAAAAAAAAAAAACUGUAACAUGGUCUUAACAAAGACCGGCUUUAACAUACACGAGCUACUAUCAAAUUUUAUCUCCCCACUUGACCUGUACAACAGCGCGCGUAUAUGUAGUGCCUGUAGGAUUGCGCUGACCUCACCAAAGUCUAAACAAAGUGCCGAAACGUUUGUUGAUGCAAGUAAACACUUUCAAUUUUUUUGUUUUGAAAUAUGGGAAAGGAACAGAAAUAUUACCAAAAAAACCAUAGCAAAUUUCAGCGAGUGGGUUCGAAGUGCGCAAAAGCCGGUGUUCAGUUCAGCAGUGAAUUAAUAUACGUUCUACCAUUUUCCCAGCAAUUUAAAGCUAGAAAAUUAAAAGCACUCGAGACGUAGAUUAGUCACCAGGGGAGAUGACACUCUAUCAAUGAGACACAGUCAAAACGGCAUUCAAUUGGACCGAAAUUAAAGUCGAAUCUUGUGACCGAUUUUGAUGAAACAAACGGUUAGGUUUCCCAAGAAGUACAAUAAACAUGUGAUGCCGACUAAAAGUUAAAAAUUAUUAGAACAAUUAAGAGAGUGUCUCUGUAAGAGCGGUCCGGUCGAUUUUCCUUGAGACAAAGAUUUAGCUCAUUUCUUGUGUGUUGUAAGACAUUCAUGUACCUAUACUAAAACCACAAUCCGUUUGAUCGGAUCUCUUUAUUUUUCAGAGUUUUACGGAAAUUAAAUUUCACUCGACCGAAGGCCUGUCGUGACACUUUUCAAGACGUUAAUUUGAGGCAACUUUGCCGGGCAAUUUACAACAAACUACGGGACUCAGCAAAAAACAAAUACCACAGCCAUGUAUAUUAACUCUAUCUUAUCCAUCGAGGCGACUUUCGUGAACAUCACGUUUCAAUCAAGCAAACAGGAAGACUUGAACGACACCUUAUCGGUUCGCUUAAGUCACACACGCGAAAACCGAUCAAAUUCAAGGUACAUUUUUGAAAAAGUGAGGCGUUCUUAACUGAUCCGACUAAUAUAGCUAGGAAGUAGGUGCCAUAGAAAAGGUAACUACAGAAAAAAACUUUGCGGCCCGACCUUUACUAAAACUUUAUAACUCCGUGAACUUACCUAAUUUUCGGCAAUCUCCAAGUUUUGCCGCCAUUUUGAGAUACUUGUCAACAUGAAGCGUAGCAGAUAUAUAUCGAGCAGUUAGAUCUAAAACAGUCAGAAAUACGUUCGAAAGCAUUUAAAUGAACUUCACGUUCAAUUCAAGGGGCAAAAUUUGAAAUUGUUCGUUAAACCUACCAUUCCUACAUCCCCAUGCGACCAUUUCUUCCAACAAUUCAAACACUACAACUAGAUAUAGUGACCACUAGUGUUCGAAUUUCCCUUGUCGAUUCCACCGUAAGAAAUAACCUGUGCCACCCAAGCUUCGACUCGAAUGUGAAGUACGAAUCAAACAACAUAACUGCGUCAUCUUCGAGGCCAUAUCACGCUGGUAUUUUGAUUUUCUGAUCGACAACAACGGUGAUCCGGAGGUGAUCGCCAUGUUUACCUCAUAAAGGUGACCGCUGACCAGCCGCUGAGUGAAAACAGUACGCCGCGGGGUGGUGUGGGUGGCGGACUUAUCGUGAUAAGAUAUUCGAAUACACGCUAAAAAAGCUUUAGGACUCUCAGUCUAAACAGUGAAGGCAUGCUUCGUGGUACAGACAACUUUUAUUUUAUUCUCAUAACUUUUUCCUUUAAAUUAGAACUGGUAUUAAUUAAUAGAGUUAUUUAAAUAUUUUUAACCGAGGUACCCAUAUGACUUUUUUGCUUGACCUCAGUGGUAUAAAAUAAGGUGUCUUUUCUUCAAGAACCUUUUAUUUAUGCGUUAUUGCACGGAAUGAACACUAUACUUAGAAGGUUUGUGCUAAAUCAUUUUGCUGUUCCCAAGAAUGCAUGUUUGCAAAAUCAUAGCUUUACACAAAGCUGACUCUAAAAUAUGAUUUUCCGUAACAGUAACCAAUGACAUUUAGGUAAGGUGUUAAUAAAACUAGUAAUGUACAGUUUUUAGCGUUUUCCACUUAUAAGACUGACAUACAAUUGUCAAGUGAACUAUGUUAGUUUCAACUCAUUCGAUUCCUUGAUUUGAUGUGACAUUUUAUCACUAAACUCCAUUCUUUUCAUUUGCAAUUUUUCUGUACUUUUUUUUUUCAUAUGACAACGACAAAGAGUUUUAUAAGUAACCGAUUUUUUGGUGUACCGCGCUUAUCACAUUUUAUAUUCAAAUACAUGCAAAAGGCCGGCUAAAUAAGCUCCUCCUCCUGCUCCUAAUUUUUUGGGUUGCCUUCGCCCCAUGCCUCUGACGACUCCCUGUCGGCUAAAAGGAAAUUUGAAAGACUGCUAUGCAGGACACAUUUUCUUUUUCUUCAUUUUCAUUUUCCCUGUACAAUGUUUUAUAAGUAUGUAAAGAUAUAAAAAACACAAAGGUUUUUACAUGUAAACUGUUUUUUUUUUGUCCCAUUCUUAAUAUAUACAUGUACUUUGUUCUCGCAAAAUGGUGGCUAAGAACGGCUGAAUAUAUACCUACUUGGAAAUAAAAUGAUGCUGUUUGGUUUCCCGUUAAAACAUUACGUAGGAGUGACGCGUGUCCGUUCAAAUUGUGACAAAACCACCUCACAAAGUCAAAGCAAAAGAGAAAAAAGUGUAAUUUUCAUAGCCAACUUACAAUCUCUCCAUUUUAGACAGCUACAAGGGCCAUGGGGUCACUGCUUGAUGGUGUAAUUAUCCUUCCACCGAGCACUGGAAUUCAUGGGUCAUUUCCUUUAUUUUUGACAUUAGAACAGCUUUGAAAUCUCUAGAUUUAAGCUGGGUUGAAAAAUCCUCAUCCCUUACCCUUUCAGAAGACGACAGUAACAAUGUUAUCGAAAGACAGAGUAGCGAACCUCUCCAGUCGAAUUUAAGUGAAGGGUGGGCACUUCAUAAGCCAAAAGGUGGCGCUGUUCGCUUCUAAGAGAAAGUAAGGCAGUAUCUCACCUCCAAGUUUGAAAUUAGUGAGCAAUCUGGAAGGAAAGAGGAUCUGCGACAAGUCUCGCAAGAUAUGAGGAAAGUGAAGGGGGAAAACAGGGAGGGCCUGAUUUCCCGGGAAGAGUGGCUGACCAAAGCCCAAAUACAAGGAUUUUUCUUCCCUUUGUCCUCCUCGAGAUGGAGACGGGUAGGUUCGUCUCCGAGCUCCGCGGUUGACCAUAAAUCUGACGAGGAAUUAAUUGACGAGGAAGAAGUGAAUCACAUGACCGCCGUCGAAUCAGUUGUAACAGAAAUUGGCUUAACGCAUCCGAUUGUCUAUGACAUUUAUGACUCGUGUGACUACGUCAAGCAGGGAAAAUUGAACUAUUUUACUGUUUAUUGACUAUUUUUUCAAUUCCCAUAAUACACUCUGUCUGCCCCCCAAAUUUUGCAUAACUUAUUGUCUUAAAAUGCUCUUGGGAAAAUGCAAUACUCCCAGGAGCAUUUAAAAACAAUGGUUUAUGCAAAAUUUGGGGGGCAAACAGAGUGUAUUAUGGGGAAUUGGAAAAUAGAGAAUGCUUAAGGAAAUCUGUACUUUCUUCGAGCUCCCAUUUAAAUGGGAGUCGUGCAGAGGCAUGGGGCGAAGGCAACCCAAAAAAUUAGGAGCAGGGGGAGGAGCUUAUUUAGCCGGCCUUUUGCAUGUAUUUGUAUAUACAAUGUGAUAAGCGUGGUAUACUAAAAAAUCAGUUUACUUAUAAAACUCUUUGUCGUUGUCGCAUGAAAAAAAGUACAGGAAAAUUGCAAAUGAAAAGAAUGGGGUUUAGUGAUAAAAGGUCACAUCGAAUCAAGAAAUGAGCUGAGACUAACAUAGUUCACUUGACAAUUGUACGUCAGGCUUAUAAGUGGAAAACGCUAAAAAUUGUACAUUACUAGUUUUAUUAACACCUUACGUAAAUGACAUUAGUUACUGUUACGGAAAAUUAUAUUUCAGAGUCAGCUUUGUGUAAAGCAAUGAUUUUGCAUCCAUUCUUUGAAACAGCAAAAAUGACUUAGAGCAAACCUUCUAAGUAUAGUGUUCAUUCCGUGCAAUAACGCAUAAAUAAAAGGUUCCGGAAGAAAAGACAAUUUAUUUUAUACCACUGAGGACAGUGAGCAAAAAGGUCAUAUGGGUACCUCGGUUAAAAAUAUUUAAAUAACUCUAUUAAUUAAUACCAGUUUUAAUUCAAAGGAAAAAGUUAUGAGAAUAAAAUAAAAGUUGUCUGUACCACGAAGCAUGCCUUCACUGUUCAGACUGAGAGUCCUAAAGCUUUUUUAGCGUGUAUUCGAAUAUCUUAUCACGAUAAGUCCGCCACCCACACCACCCCGCGGCGUACUGUUUUCACUCAGCGGCUGGUCAGCGGUCACCUUUAUGAGGUAAACAUGGCGAUCACCUCCGGAUCACCGUUCUUGUCGAUCAGAAAAUAUAAUUUUCCGUAACAGUAACUAAUGUCAUUUACGUAAGGUGUUAAUAAAACUAGUAAUGUACAAUUUUUAGCGUUUUCCACUUAUAAGCCUGACGUACAAUUGUCAAGUGAACUAUGUUAGUCUCAGCUCAUUUCUUGAUUCGAUGUGACCUUUUAUCACUAAACCCCAUUCUUUUCAUUUGCAAUUUUCCUGUACUUUUUUUCAUGCGACAACGACAAAGAGUUUUAUAAGUAAACUGAUUUUUUAGUAUACCACGCUUAUCACAUUGUAUAUACAAAUACAUGCAAAAGGCCGGCUAAAUAAGCUCCUCCCCCUGCUCCUAAUUUUUUGGGUUGCCUUCGCCCCAUGCCUCUGCACGACUCCCAUUUAAAUGGGAGCUCGAAGAAAGUACAGAUUUCCUUAAGCAUUCUCUAUUUUCCAAUUCCCCAUAAUACACUCUGUUUGCCCCCCAAAUUUUGCAUAAACCAUUGUUUUUAAAUGCUCCUGGGAGUAUUGCAUUUUCCCAAGAGCAUUUUAAGACAAUAAGUUAUGCAAAAUUUGGGGGGCAGACAGAGUGUAUUAUGGGGAAUUGGAAAAUAGUCAAUGGAAACAGUAAAAUAGUUCAAUUUUCCCUGCUUGACGUAGUCACACGAGUCAUAAAUGUCAUAGACAAUCGGAUGCGUUAAGCCAAUUUCUGUUACAACUGAUUCGACGGCGGUCAUGUGAUUCACUUCUUCCUCGUCAAUUAAUUCCUCGUCAGAUUUAUGGUCAACCGCGGAGCUCGGAGACGAACCUACCCGUCUCCAUCUCGAGGAGGACAAAGGGAAGAAAAAUCCUUGUAUUUGGGCUUUGGUCAGCCACUCUUCCCGGGAAAUCAGGCCCUCCCUGUUUUCCCCCUUCACUUUCCUCAUAUCUUGCGAGACUUGUCGCAGAUCCUCUUUCCUUCCAGAUUGCUCACUAAUUUCAAACUUGGAGGUGAGAUACUGCCUUACUUUCUCUUAGAAGCGAACAGCGCCACCUUUUGGCUUAUGAAGUGCCCACCCUUCACUUAAAUUCGACUGGAGAGGUUCGCUACUCUGUCUUUCGAUAACAUUGUUACUGUCGUCUUCUGAAAGGGUAAGGGAUGAGGAUUUUUCAACCCAGCUUAAAUCUAGAGAUUUCAAAGCUGUUCUAAUGUCAAAAAUAAAGGAAAUGACCCAUGAAUUCCAGUGCUCGGUGGAAGGAUAAUUACACCAUCAAGCAGUGACCCCAUGGCCCUUGUAGCUGUCUAAAAUGGAGAGAUUGUAAGUUGGCUAUGAAAAUUACACUUUUUUCUCUUUUGCUUUGACUUUGUGAGGUGGUUUUUUCACAAUUUGAACGGACACGCGUCACUCCUACGUAAUGUUUUAACGGGAAACCAAACAGCAUCAUUUUAUUUCCAAGUAGGUAUAUAUUCAGCCGUUCUUAGCCACCAUUUUGCGAGAACAAAGUAUAUGUAUAUAUUAAGAAUGGGACAAAAAAAAAACAGUUUACUUGUAAAAACCUUUGUGUUUUUUAUAUCUUUACAUACUUAUAAAAAAUUGUACAGGGAAAAUGAAAAUGAAGAAAAAGAAAAUGUGUCCUGCAUAGCAGUCUUUCAAAUUUCCUUUUAGCCGACAGGGAGUCGUCAGAGGCAUGGGGCGAAGGCAACCCAAAAAAUUAGGAGCAGGAGGAGGAGCUUAUUUAGCCGGCCUUUUGCAUGUAUUUGAAUAUAAAAUGUGAUAAGCGCGGUACACCAAAAAAUCGGUUACUUAUAAAACUCUUUGUCGUUGUCAUAUGAAAAAAAAAAAAAGUACAGAAAAAAUUGCAAAUGAAAAGAAUGGAGUUUAGUGAUAAAAUGUCACAUCAAAUCAAGGAAUCGAAUGAGUUGAAACUAACAUAGUUCACUUGACAAUUGUAUGUCAGUCUUAUAAGUGGAAAACGCUAAAAACUGUACAUUACUAGUUUUAUUAACACCUUACCUAAAUGUCAUUGGUUACUGUUACGGAAAAUCAUAUUUUAGAGUCAGCUUUGUGUAAAGCUAUGAUUUUGCAAACAUGCAUUCUUGGGAACAGCAAAAUGAUUUAGCACAAACCUUCUAAGUAUAGUGUUCAUUCCGUGCAAUAACGCAUAAAUAAAAGGUUCUUGAAGAAAAGACACCUUAUUUUAUACCACUGAGGUCAAGCAAAAAAGUCAUAUGGGUACCUCGGUUAAAAAUAUUUAAAUAACUCUAUUAAUUAAUACCAGUUUUAAUUUAAAGGAAAAAGUUAUGAGAAUAAAAUAAAAGUUGUCUGUACCACGAAGCAUGCCUUCACUGUUUAGACUGAGAGUCCUAAAGCUUUUUUAGCGUGUAUUCGAAUAUCUUAUCACGAUAAGUCCGCCACCCCCACACCACCCCGCGGCGUACUGUUUUCACUCAGCGGCCGGUCAGCGGUCACCUUUAUGAGGUAAACAUGGCGAUCACCUCCGGAUCACCGUUCUUGUCGAUCAGAAAAUCAAAAUACGAGCGUGAUAUGGCCUCGAAGAUGACGCAGUUAUGUUGUUUGAUUCGUACUUCACAUUCGAGUCGAAGCUUGGGUGGCACAGGUUAUUUCUUACGGUGGAAUCGACAAGGGAAAUUCGAACACUAGUGGUCACUAUAUCUAGUUGUAGUGUUUGAAUUGUUGGAAGAAAUGGUCGCAUGGGGAUGUAGGAAUGGUAGGUUUAACGAACAAUUUCAAAUUUUGCCCCUUGAAUUGAACGUGAAGUUCAUUUAAAUGCUUUCGAACGUAUUUCUGACUGUUUUAGAUCUAACUGCUCGAUAUAUAUCUGCUACGCUUCAUGUUGACAAGUAUCUCAAAAUGGCGGCAAAACUUGGAGAUUGCCGAAAAUUAGGUAAGUUCACGGAGUUAUAAAGUUUUAGUAAAGGUCGGGCCGCAAAGUUUUUUUCUGUAGUUACCUUUUCUAUGGCACCUACUUCCUAGCUAUAUUAGUCGGAUCAGUUAAGAACGCCUCACUUUUUCAAAAAUGUACCUUGAAUUUGAUCGGUUUUCGCGUGUGUGACUUAAGCGAACCGAUAAGGUGUCGUUCAAGUCUUCCUGUUUGCUUGAUUGAAACGUGAUGUUCACGAAAGUCGCCUCGAUGGAUAAGAUAGAGUUAAUAUACAUGGCUGUGGUAUUUGUUUUUUGCUGAGUCCCGUAGUUUGUUGUAAAUUGCCCGGCAAAGUUGCCUCAAAUUAACGUCUUGAAAAGUGUCACGACAGGCCUUCGGUCGAGUGAAAUUUAAUUUCCGUAAAACUCUGAAAAAUAAAGAGAUCCGAUCAAACGGAUUGUGGUUUUAGUAUAGGUACAUGAAUGUCUUACAACACACGAGAAAUGAGCUAAAUCUGUGUAUCAAGGAAAAUCAACCGGACCGCUCUUCUCUUAAGUUCUGGCUUAAAGCAAUUUCCUGUAAAAGAUGCGUUACAAUGUUAAUCCACGCAAAAAAACAAGAAGUUCUACAAUUUUCCGAUAAACAAACUUUGUAUCGCUAAAAUACUUAAGGGAUUAACUUUCUAUUUCAACUGAUAAAGGCCCUGGUAGUCGCCCGCUGAUCGUUAUUAAUCAGCUCUCGAAAUAUGGUUAAAUCAGCUAUCAACAAAUUAUUGACAGAAAUCCUCUACGGCAUCGAGAAACUAAUUUACGUCCGAUUUAUAGACAAACACUAAAUAGAGAACAUUUUGCUCAAUAGCUACGCAUCAUCAAUGCAUUCUAUGCCAGACUUUUGCGGUUCUUGAAGGGGAAUCAAGACACGAGUCAAGCGCCAAACAACAACAAGCGUCCAUGUUCGUGUCAGACAUCCUUGAGAAACUUGCUCUUUCACUUUGUUUAGCGCAUCAGUCUCCACUUUAAAUCGUCACCAGAUCUUUACUUAUUUUGUACAACGAAGGUCUUUCUUAAGUCUCUGCUACCAUUUCAAUCUCAAACAAGCUUUCAAAGUGAACAAUUUGGUUCCUAUGACUAAGCACCAGGGUCGCUGUCAGAUGGUCGCGUGCCCUUUGCCAAGUCAGCAGUCGCGCAUGCUCAUGCAAAAAAGACCCCUGUUUCCUCUCAUGGUUAUAAAGGAAGACUUUGUGGUUUUUCUUUUAUGUUAUAUUUCAAGUCGAACGAAGGGCCUUGAUGUUCAUGUUAACUGGUAUACAAUGGCUAAUGAAGUACCAGUGUUUAUUUUUGUUCUGAGUGCUCAAAAAAAUGAAAUUUCUAAGUAAGUUAAGGUUUGCUCUUGCAGUUAGCGCCACGACUGAUCGUUUGUAAUUUUAAUUUGUAUUUAUUUAAAGGUUGUUCAGUUGGAUGAUAUUCCAAAAGGAGUUGGCACAGAAGAAGAUCCGGACCUUUUGCUAAAGCAGGGUAUUGAGGUUCAGAUUCCCGACGUUUCCGGAUCGCCAACAAUCAUCGCUGGAACGCCAAGUGACCCACUAGAGAAACUCAAGUAUCACGCCACUUUUGUUGGAAUUGAUGGAGUUGAGAUGAAGACCACGGUCAAGAUUGAUAGAAAGAUCUACUUUGAUGGAACAACCAUCAACUACUGA